AACGGUCGGACUGCGUGAAGCCGGUGGUGGUGACUGUCGUGAAAAGUUGCUAGAGGACGAGGACGAGAAGAAGGCGGGGGAGGGGCAACUCUUCAAUGCGACUGAGAUGGAGGAUGCGCGCGGCGGUGUUACGGACUACCAGAAACAGACACACCGACAACCACUCAACUACAGCUGCGCUAGAGAGGCUCGUAAUUGAUAGGCCGCGGUGUUCUGGAAGCAUGGCAUUAGCAAAAAAACAACGCAUAAUAGUCGUCGGGCCUUGGCUUGGUUCCCCUUGGACCCUUCACUGGUGCCCGUUCUGUCGUCAUGGCAGUGAGAGAUGGGGAUUUGGAUUGGACGGCCAUGAUAGCGCAUCGCAGAAUAGGAAUCCGACCCCUCCACACCUCACUAAACAUCCAUGGAUGAUGGAUGCCCACUGCCGCCGUACCUGUAACAGGCGCUGGAACCAGUGGAUCCGGUCCCCUAAUCCCCUACAGCCGGUGCAUGCCCCGCUGCAACCCAACCCCCGUUAGGGCAGUCCUUGCUGCGUUCCAGCGCGGCAAAGGCGGUGGCGCACUAUUCUUCAGCAGACGCCCACCCGCUGGAAACGGCCAAGUUGCGUGGCAGAAAAGUUACCGACAGCGGCCGCAGCC